GAUGUGCAUGACUUAGCUUACAUUGGUCCAGCUGUAGCUGCGGAGCAGUUGACACAAAAACUAAAGGAAUAUGGAUAUAAAGAUGAUGUCAGUAUUCUAGAUCUCGGCUGUGGUACUGGUUUAGCUGGAGAACAAUUACACAAGCGUGGUUAUAAAAAUGUAGAUGGCUUAGAUCUCAGUCAGGAACUGCUGAAGGUCGCCCAAGCAAAAGGCACUUAUAGGUAAUGAAUGUACACAUAUAAAGGUGGCACGAUAUAUAAUUAAUCCUCACAAAAUGCAAGAAUUGCGAAAAUAAAACUUUGUGCUAUAAUGAACACACCUUCGUGACAAUUUAAAUGCGCAGGAAUAUUAAGGAAAUAACUUCCAAACUGACCUGACGUGGCGAGUUGCCAUCUCUAUCUCGUGCCACAGCAUGUGUUCUAAAGUAUGUUGCAUGUCAAUUGCUAGCUCCUCGUUAAAAAAUAUUUUGUCAGGUGAAUUACGUUCAAAUUUUAAAUUCGGUAUUGUAUUGCAUAAGACUUUCAUGAUACCAAAAACUAAAAUAUUGUGUAAUGUCAAACAAAUUUAUCGAAGAAAUCGACCAACCUCGUUUCCAGGCUCUUACCGCUUGUGGAGGAAAGACCAUGCAGUCAUGCUAGGACCUGGUUGCAUGAUCUGCUGAACUCUAGCGGAUUGGUAAUUAACUAUCUUGGGAUUUCUUUAAAGUCAAAUCAAAUCAGACUAGCUUGCAAAACAAAAUGUAAGUUAUCAAUUAAAAUAUAAAUAUCAAAUAUUUAUCCGAAUAUCAUCAGCAUCAAUUAAAAGUCUGCCAGAUUUUAGAAGAUUACGCGACCAACUCCUAUAACCAGGAUCUUUCCUCCACAAGAGAUAAGAGCCUGGAAACGAGGUUGGAAAUGGACAUUUUUGGUCAAUGCUCGAGACACAGAAUAAAGAUUAGUAACAGAAGGGCCACUCAGCGGUGCAACGUGGUUUUUUAUGCAAAAAUAUGCAGUUUACUGGCCAGAAGGCGGAGCAGCCAGCCAGUACAGCGUGUAUAUUGGCUAGAAAAUGUCAUUGGCUGGCUAGGAAAAUGGCGGCCAACAUGCGUAAUGCGACAUGCGCGAGGACAGAAACUUUAAAGCUUCCGACGUUAAGUGGCCCUUCUAUAUGGAUCUUUAUUCUAUGCUCUUGGUAAAAUAACGCACGAACAAGAAUUGAGGGACGCCGUAUUUCUUUACUACGCAUUUGUUUCACCAUAACAACGAAACUAUGUGUUACUAAAUCGAACGUAGUUUUAAAGAAGAAACAUUGAAACAUAUGAUCAUCCCAAUAUCGGCUGCAUAAAGCUACAAAUACGAAGCUUGGCAACCAAAAUGUUCUUUUUAAGUCCAGCCACCUUAAAUGUCAACAUUGGGAGAAGCACAAUCACCGUCUUAGGAUUAGGAUGAAUUACCGUGACUUGAUUUGCAUGAUGUGCAUUAGCAUCGUAAUGUAUCAGGGUAACUAGGAUUAGCUUGGUUACGAAUGUGAGGAAUUGGGGAUGGGUGAAGAAUUGGCUUUGUGGUUAUAGGUUAGGGGCGGAAUAAAUAGGGGGAAGGGCGACAAAAAUUUUCCAAACCUUGCUGGAAAUUGUCCGACAUUAUCAUUGUUAGAUAAAUAGAAAGUGAAUAGAAGGAGCAACAUUGGACGCGCAGAAAUAAAGUCAAGCAAUAAAGAAAAAUAUAGGACUGAUUUAUAACAUCAAAAACUGCUCACGCAUGCACUAUAAUUAAAUUUAGCAAAACAAAUUUCAAUAUGUCGUCCUAUUUUUGCGACUGAAUAUCUAAAUAUUAUUAUCACAACAAAAUACACUUUCCCAAGCGACUUAGGCCUAGCAAAUUUGCUCGAUUUUUAAACAAAUUCAAAUCUGACCGACUAAAUACUGACUCGCCCAGGAGGGUGGGGGGAGUGUAAUUACGGUAAUAGCCUACGGAACUUAAAUUCUGAUUGAAAGUUUAAUGUAAAUGACAUUCUAUAUCAUAAAAUCUAAAUAGUAGCAGCCCUCCGGAACAAAGCUGCAAAUAUGAGUUACAGAAAAUUCCAAAUUAGCGGCCUUCCCGAGAGCCAUGGCGCGCGUUAGUAGCCGCAAUCCAUCGUAACGAUGGACCGAAAAUUUUGGAGCAAAUUUUCAAGCUUGCUACGUCGUUGGUUUAAUUUGUGAUUGUCAACAUGUAAAUUAAACCUAUACAGGUCACUACAGCAAGGACGUAUGGGAUUUGAUCAAUGCAAAGAUUUGGGUGUGGCUGCCGACCAAUACGACGCAGUUAUUUCUGUGGGCGUGUUUACUGCUGGUCACGUGAAAGGCAAGGGAUUGGAUGAUUUUGUUCACGUGGUGAAACCUGGAGGCUUGGCGAGUAUUGGUGUGAAUGGCAAUGCUGCAGACGAUCCUCGAUAUCAAUAUCAUGAAAAAAUGAACCAACUUUCUGUGGAGGGAAAAUGGAAACUGAUCUCGAAAUAUUACGAAUAG